GGAAGCCACAACCGCAGGCAGGAGCACCUGGGGAAUUGAUAGUGCAGGGAAAGAAUGGCUUUUUGUUCCACGGGCGAUUGCAUCAUGAGCCAUGGCUCCCUCCCUCCCUCCCCCUUCACACCGACCAUCUCCCCAUUGUGAGACCUCCAGCACACAAAUUGCUUUGCUGCCGGACCGUGCUGGCUACUGAGCACCGAACAGGUCACUCCAUUCAGUGAGGCGUACAAUCGUAUUGCUGCUGUGGUUCUUCUUGAACGUAAACCGUCCUUCUUGAAGGCUUUCUUAGCUUUACUCUGUAGCCUGCUUGCUGCCCUAAGUCGAGCAUCAAAGAUGUCUAGGGAGCUUAGCGAGCUAUUGGUCUUUUGCAGGACGAACAGAUUAUCAUAACAAUAAAGACUUCAGGAAAAGGCGUUUUUUAGCGACGACCUUUCAACUCGUUACAGCGAGUCGUAUUUUAGGGAAGGCGGUUUUUUUUCCCGAAAGGUGGCGUUUUCUGACCAGGUAGAGAGACGUAACAACUAGCCGCAUUGACGUCCGUUGGAAAAACCCCCUCAUCGACGGCGAUCGAUCGUUCACCGCUUUUCCAUGUCGAUAGUCGCAGCAUGCUCAUUACCCUGCUGCUGCUGCUGCUCUUCCUCCCAUCGACGACGCAUCGCCUGGCACUGGCGACAACGGAGAUGCCGCUUAACUCCAAGUAUGUGCAACCCAUGUACGAGAUUAUGACGGCGUUUAAUCUCGGCGCGGAGCAGAACUGGGCCGUGGGAGCGCCGUGCUCUGACGAUGGGACCGGAAGCGGCUUUAAGGGCGUGAUCUGCGACGCUAACGGCAACCCUCGUGCCAUAGUCAUCCCUAUCAAAUUCAUCGAGAUACCCACCCUCGGCAACUCCCUAGUGGGCCUCAAAUCGCUCCCCACCGCCUUCGCGCGCCUCAACACGCUCACGAGAUUAGUGCUGAUAAUGGGGCUCAUCAACACCAGACUAGACGACUUUGCCAGGCCGCUCAAAUGCCUACCUAACCUAAAACAAUUAGUGCUGGAUGGCAACUCCUUCUACGGGCCCAUCCCAUCUUACCUAAUUAACUCACCCACUCUAACUGACUUAUCACUGCAAGGCAACAAGCUGACGGGCACAAUAAAGGCCAUCGGCCCCAAGCUGACCUCACUCUUCCUCUCAGUCAACUUCCUCACCGGCUCGCUCCCCCCCAGCCACCUGCGCGUGUGCAACGCCGCCAUGAACUGCCUCUCAGGCACCACCGGCUGUAACGGGGUAACCGGCUUCCCCCGCAGGCAGCGCACUAGCGGGUGUAGGCGAAACCCGUGCGCGAAACGGCGGUUGUGGAACACGUUUCGGUGCCAGUGGGCCAAGGCGUGCACGCCCAUGUAUGCGGACUGGCCGCCCUGGGAGGUGGAUGCGCUGACCAACCCCCCAGAUAAAGGCUGGAAGUGCAACUCCUGCCCCACUGGGACCUACGCCACGAAGAGCCGAUGUGUUCCCUGCUCCAAACCUUUCAUGCGGACAUUCUGUAGAAAACGGCGAAGAUUUAAAUGCCCAAAUUAGCUGCUUAAGCCUGUAGGCCACGAUAUGUGAUUAGAUGGCAAUUUAGGUAGUUUGGCUUUUGAUAAGGCGUUAAUAGUGUAUUUAGCCCAGUGCUUUAAAUGUGAAAUGAGAAGCUGUUCAAUUUUUCAUC